CAUAAUCUUUUCAUGUAUCUUUCAUGUGUCAAGUGGUUUUUACAAAAUCUUUUGUCAGCUGACACGUUAGUUUGGGAGACGUAGAUCUGCCAUUUUAUUCAACCAGGUAAACACAGUCUAUAAAAUAGAUGGAUCCUCGUCUCAGUGCCCAGGACGUGGUACGGUGUGACCUUUGUAAGGAUAACGUUGUACAGAAUUAUUGUGACUAUUGCCAUGUCAAACUCUGCAAGCCUUGUAUUGGAGAACACAUCUCAGAUGAAUAUGACAAACAUAAAAUUGUCCCAUUCCAGCAACGAAAAUCCACCCUGAUUUUUCCAAAUUGUAAGAAACAUUCCAAAGAAACAUGCAAACUGCAAUGCAUGUCAUGUAACAAUUCUAUUUGCGCCAAAUGCUCGAUAUUAAAAGAACACAAAGAUCAUAAUGUAGUAGACCUCGAGGACAGCUACAAUUCGAAGAAUGAAAACAUUAAAAAAGAUACAGCAGAAAUAGAAAAUGUAAUUUCUCCAACAUAUGAAGAAAUAAGAAAAGCACUGGAGAGCCAGAUUGCCAGCUUAGAUGGAGAGUAUGAAAAAAUUACCACGAUAGUGUCCAAACAAGGAGAGGAAUGGCAUAAAGAAAUUGAUAAAACUAUCGAACAAAUGAAGAACGAAAUUGACGAGAUCAAAGUUAGUCAUCGGGGCAUCUUGAUUAAACAUUUAAAAGAGAUAAAACAGAUAGAGUCUUUGAUAAAUGAAAACUUAUCAACUUUGAAGGACCUACAGAGGAAAUCCAAUGUUGUGUCUACAGUCAUAGAAUACCAAUCAAAAAACGUUGAAUUUGGUAAACUUCCUCCAAAAAUUCAUGUGACAGUGCCUACAUUUUGUCCGAGACCAGUGGAUAGAAUAGAAGCUAAAAAAUUAAUUGGAUCCAUUAAACCUCUAAAAUCUACCACAAAUAAAAAUGGCUAUACCUUGAAGAAACAAAGGGGGUCCUCCAGAGAACUGUUGGAUACACCAGUGGUCAUCAACACGUUUAACACUGGGUAUACCAAUCUCAGAAAAGUUUCCUUUCACAGCGAACAAGAAAUCUGGGCGUCUGCUGAAGUUAGCGAAAUAAAAUGCUACAACAUCAAUGGGAACACCAUAAAUGCAAUUGAAACAAAAUCUGGAGAAUAUCCAGAUGAUUUAGCUGUCACACGUGAAGGAUAUUUAAUAUAUACUGACAGGGAAUUCCGAACUGUAAAUAAAGUAGUGAAUGGGCAGAUAAAGGAAAUAAUCAUUCUACAGGGAUGGAUACCCGGUAAUCUGUGUGUAACGUCUUUUGGUGAUCUUCUGCUAGUGAUGUGUGACGAUGCCAAAACUCAAACCAAAAUUGUACGAUACGCCGGCGCGAUCAAGAAACAAACAAUUCAAUUUGACGAGAACGGUAAACCUCUGUACUCAUGUGAGUAUAAAAUCCAGUACCUAUCAGAGAACAGAAACCUAGAUGUUUGCGUGGCUGACCGUGCAGCUGGUGCUGUGGUAGUUGUUGAUCAGGCUGGUAAACUCCGAUUCCGUUACACCGGCCAUCCCACCAAGUCAAAGGAGAGUCCCUUUAUUCCUCGUGGCAUCACAACAAACAGUCUGAGUCAGAUCUUAACUGCAGACGGUGGGAAUAGUUGUGUACACAUUUUGGAUCAGGAUGGACAAUUAUUGCGUUACAUCGAUAACAAAAUGUUCGAUAAUCUCGUCGGUAUGAGUGCUGAUAAUCUUGAUAAUUUGUAUGUUGCCGAGUAUAACUCUGGGGAUGUAAAGGUCAUUAAAUAUCUUAAAUGAAUGACAAUGUGUGUAUAGCACUUACCUACCUUUUUUUUUCUUCUGUGUGUUUUUU